AUGAAUGGCGGCAACUCGAACCAGCGGUUGGGUGUGUCCCGCAAUGACGCCGCGUUACAAGGUGCCACGCUAGCCUUCCACUCCAGAGAUCCUUCGCCCAAUGUCAAAGCAAAGCCAUUGUCAGCGAUGGCAAGCGAUCGUCAUACACCAAAUCGUCCGCGCAACGGAUCCGACCUGGGCCCCGAAGUGGGCUCCGUUAGGGACAAGAUUGGCCGAUUGACGCAGCCAGUCUCCCCCUCAGCCAGCACUCUCAACGUGCGAGGUCGACCUUCCGCUGCAUCGCUCGCGUCUACUUCAGAGAUCGCUGCUCGACUGGCCGCGUCAAGGUCCCCUGGACGGGACACGACGACUCCAUCCUCAGCCGCCAAGCUGGGCGCGAUAAGAAGUGCAAGCAGAGCGCCAGAAAGAGACGUGCCAUCCCCAACCCCGGCACGCUCGGUCCGGGGACGAAGUAGUCUGGAUCGCAUGCUACUAGACGAUGAGCUCGACUCCGACCGCGACUUGCCUCUUUCAAGGCGCUCGCCAUCGCAACAGUCGAGAACUACAGAAUAUCACGACAGUCGGGGCUCUAGUCCUCACCCUUCCUUGAGCUCUCGUCACUCUUCACAGCCAGAUGAAACAGCCCCUAGGCUGCCUCCCCGGUUACCUCCAUCGCGAGGGUCUAUCAGAAGUCAUGGGGUUCCGACUACGCCCUUGCGACCUUCGACACCGAGUGCGAUGUCCAUCUCAGCACAAUCGCACGCAACCAGUGCCCCUAGCAUCAUGGAUGAACCCGGCAUGAGUGAGGAAGCUCUGUCCAAUGCGAUUGUCGCCUCAUCCCUGGCAUCAGCACGGGCGUCUCCAUCCAUCAAAGUGCCGCCGCCGCUUCCUCCCCAGCGACGGCGGGCACGGUCCAUUCUACAUCUAGCACACUCUCCCAAGAGUGAUCUGUCCCGGACCCCGAGUCCUCCCAAGGGCAUGCCGCAGACCCUGCGCAGCGCGCCCAAGCCCGAUUCCGACCACCGCAAGCAUCGGAACCCCCUCAACAAGCACCCUCACAAGCAUCACGAAGGGGAUCGUAAACACUGGCGACGAGAGGUGACGGAGAAAGAACGCAAGCGCUAUGAGGGCGUUUGGGCCUCGAAUAAAGGGCUGCUCAUCCCUACCGAUAAUACUCUGAAUGGGUCGAAUACGGGGCGACAGUCCGCGGAGAUGGUGCUAAAUCUAGUGGUUCGGGAAAUUUGGUCCCGCAGCCGGCUGCCACCCGCCAUGCUGGAACAGGUGUGGGACUUGGUGGACCAUCAAAACAUCGGGCUUCUCCUGCGGGAGGAGUUUGUGGUUGGAAUGUGGUUGAUUGAUCAACAACUCAAGGGCCAUAAAUUGCCGGUGAAGGUCCCCGAUAGCGUGUGGGAUAGCGUGCGGCAUGUCGCAGGUAUUAAGCUAAACCGGGCCCACUAA